AUGCUCGGGGUUGGGGUCGUGGCCGGAACGGUUUCAUCACCUCUUCCGAUUGUCGAAUUGCCAAGCCACAGCACAGUCAUUGGCCUCCAGUUCAUCGUUUCGCCUGGCCCUAGGCCGACAUGUGAGGCAUGCCGGUUCUCAGACUCUGACCCCCAGCUUCAUCGCCAUCCUCUCAGACCUCUCCACUUUGCCCCGACGACUAUAUCCUCCCUCGACAUUCGCGGCUUGUUAGUCUGUACCAAAACACACAAGUCUGCCCAGCCUUCUAGCCGGCCUGAACCGGUGCUUUAG